CAAAAAGUUUAAAGAAUGUUUUUCUAUUCAGCCACACCUCCUGCCCCAGCUUCCUCCCAGCAACCUCAGGCAGCUUCUGGCCCUGCAAAGCCCAAAGGCAAAAAUGCCAAGAAUGUGCAGGGUUCCUCUGCCCCAAAGGCUGUCCCUGGCAGAAGAAAACGAUCCUCUAUGUCUGCCUCUUCCUCUUCUCCCACCUCACCAAAAUCUACUCCCUCCUCUACCCCCCUGUCUCCUGUGCCAUCUCCCCUGGCUUCCACACCUGGCAGCUCUCCUGCAAAUGAGGCGAACCGCUUCACCCCAAAAGUCGUCAAGGCUGGCAAACAAGGAAAAGCUAAAAAAGGAGAGGCGUUUGUGCCUGCCUCUGCCCCUGUGGAGUGCAAGGUUACAGCAGCAAAUGAAAAACCAGUUGAAGCUAAACCUGCCCCAGUUGAUCCAAGCAAACCCUCAUCAGCCGCUGCAAAGCCUGUUGCAACCCCACCUGCUUUUAAGGUUACCUCAAAGCCUGCUGUAGCGGCUCCAGUAUCGUUUUUAGAUACUGUUGCUUCUAGUCCUCCCAAAUCAGUUGAAGUUAAGACAGCUUCAUCAAAAUCUGCUACUGCAGCUGCUGAUGACGAGCUUCCCCCACUUAUACCACCUGAGAAGCCAAUUAAAUUAGAGGUUACUAAGGUAGCAUCUAAACCCAAGACAGAUAAAGUGGUUACUGAAGCCUCAGCUCUUGAGGCUGCUAAACCAGACCCUGCUGAAGCUCCUAAACCAGUUUCUGAGGCCAAACCUGCUUCUGUUAAGGCUGCUAAGCCAGCUGCUGAGGCCAAACCUGCUCCUGUUAAGGCUACUAAACCAGCUCCUGAAACCAAACCUGCUCCUAAUAAGGCUGCUAAGCCAGCUGCUGAAGCCAAACCUGUCCCUGUUGAGGUUGCUAAGCCAGCUGCUGAGGUCAAACCUGCUCCUGUUAAGGCUGCUAAACCAGCUGUUGAGGCUGCUAAGCCAGCUGCUGAGGUCAAACCUGCCCCAGUCAAGGCUGCCAAACCAGCUGCUGAGGCCAAACCUGCCCCCGUUGAGGCUGCUAAGCCAGCUGCUGAGGCCAAAUCUGCUCCUGUUGAGGCUGCUAAGCCAGCUGCUGAGGCCAAACCUGCCCCUGUCAAGGCUGCCAAACCAGCUGCUGAGGCCAAACCUGCCCCCGUUGAGUCUGCUAAGCCAGCUGCUGAGGCCAAAUCUGCCCCCGUUAAGGCUGCCAAACCAGCUGCUGAGGCCAAACCUACCCCUGUUGAGACUGCUAAGCCAACUGCUGAGGCCAAACCUGCUCCUGUUGAGUCUGCUAAGCCAGCUCCUGUUAAGGCUGCUAAACCAGCUGCUGAGGCCAAAACUGCUCCUGUUGAUGCUGCUAAACCAGCUGCUGAGGCCAAACCUGCUCCUGUUAAGGCUGCUGAGGCCAAAGCUGCUCCUGUUAAGGCUGCUAAGCCAGCUGUUGAGGCCAAACCUGCCCCUGUUGAGGCUGCUAAACCUACUGCUGAGGCCAAACCUGCCCCUGUUGAGGCUGCUAAGCCAACUGCUGAGGCCAAACCUGCUCCCGUUGAGUCUGCUAAGCCAGCUCCUGUUAAGGCUGCUAAACCAGCUGCUGAGGCCAAACCUACUCCUAAGGUUGCAAAGCCAGAUACAGAAGUCAAGUCUGCCCCUGUUGAGGCUGCUAAACCAGCUGCAGAACCUAAACAAGGUGCUACUCAGGGUACCAAGCCGGCCCCUGUGAAGGGUGCUAAGCCAGUUAUUGAAGCUGAAAUGGUUGAGGUUAAGGCAGCACCUGCUGAGGUUGCCAAGCCUUCCAAACCAGCAGCUGAGCCUUCAUCUGCUCCCUUAAAACCUGCUCUAGUUGAGCCCACUGUUCCUGCCCCUGCUCCCCGUAAACUCACAUUUGCCGAGGCAGUUGCAGCACCCGCCCCUGUUAAACCCGAGGUAAAUGGUACAACUCCUUCUGAACCUGUCUCAUCACCCAAAUCUGCACCCACACCUACUAAAACCCCAGCCAAGGUGGAGCCUGUGAUCAAGAACGACAAGGGUAUUUUCUUCUUUCUCUUUUUGUCUUAAUCUGUUUUUCCACCUAUCACAGUAUUCUGGAACUGCUUAGAUGUGUUGUUCAGAAACCAUGGUUGUGAACUACAUUAGCUGUGCAACUGUUCCAUGAUGCUACCUAGUUGUUGAUAUGGGUGCUCCUGUCAGCUCUGUUGUUGCAUACUGUCAGCCAUAUGCAGGUAAUUUAUGUCAUCAUGUGAUGUCUAAUGGUGAGUUGGUGAAGAUGUGUAGUGUCAGUCUGGAAAAGGUGGUACUGGAUAGGAAGGUAUUGUUUUCAACAAAAUGCACAGUACUGCAGAUUUGAAGUUAUAGAGCUCUCAUCACUGAACCUUUUGCAACAUCAAGUUAAUGGUUUUUGCAGUUUUUAACUGACACAUUUACUUGAAAUUUUCAACAUGCUAGGUGAAUGUAUUUCAUCUCAGGUAACAACAAAUGUACAGUAUUUUGAAUCGCUAUUAACCAACCUGUUUUCAUUCCCCAGGAUUGAUGCAGCAUAUUUCCAUAAUAACUUGCAAGUGUACACGUAUGUAAUUGGUGGCAUGUUGUGACUAAAUUUUAGUUUCU